GGGAGCCGCCGGAGGUGGAGACGCAGCGAGGCGCGGGCUCGGGUCAAGCUGGGGCUUGACUCCGGCCGGCUGGACGUGAGCGCUAGGGUAGCGCAGGCUGCAGCCCAUACGUGACCGCUCUCCGUCGCGCCGGGCUAGCUGCUGCGACUCGUCCGAGUCAGGCUCCCGCAGUCUGCCACGGUCGGGCACCGAGGCGCGUAGGCGGGCGGUGGAACUCGCGGUCGGGAGGACAGCGGAUUGGCUGCUUCCGCUUCUCCGUUCAGCUUCCGGCCCGCGUACAGCUACAAAGGGACCGCGACCUGGAGGCGGCACUCGGAGUGGACGCAUUUUGAGCUGUCCACCAGUAACGGUUUCCAGAAAUAGUUUGGGUUUAUAUUAUUUUUUUGAUCAGUAGACGAUGUUGGCAUUUAUCUUCGCCUCCGCACAAGUGUUUUGCUGGCAACUUGAAUGACUUUUCUUUUUUUAAGAAAUGCUAUGUAUUUUCUCUCUCAGGUGCUUAUAUCCUUAUUUUCCAUGACAGAUCUUGACGAAAAUAUAUGCAAAAAAUAUAUAAAGAUGAUAACUAAUAUAGUUAUAUUGAGUCUGGUCAUUUGCAUUUCUUUAGCUUUCUGGAUUUUGUCUAUGACUGCAAACACCUAUUAUGGUAACUUACAGCCUAUUUCUCCUUGGCGUUGGCUGUUUUCUGUUGUUGUUCCUGUUCUGAUUAUAUCUCGUGGCCUUAAAAAGAAAAGUUUAGAUCACAGUGGGGCUUUGGGAGGGCUGGUAGUUGGAUUUAUCCUAACCAUUGCAAAUUUCAGCUUUUUUACCUCUUUGAUGAUGUUUUUCCUUUCUUCUUCAAAACUCACUAAAUGGAAAGGAGAAACAAAGAAACAUCUAGAUUCAGAAUAUAAAGAAGGUGGGCAGAGGAAUUGGGUUCAGGUAUUCUGUAAUGGAGCUGUACCCACAGAGCUGGCCCUACUGUACAUGAUAGAAAAUGGCCCUGGGGAGAUCCCAAUAGAUUUUUCCAAGCAGUACACUGCUUCUUGGAUGUGUUUGUCUCUCUUGGCUGCACUGGCUUGCUGUGCUGGAGACACAUGGGCUUCAGAAGUUGGCACUGUUCUCAGUAAAAGCUCACCUAGGCUAAUCACAACAUGGGAGAAAGUUCCAGUAGGGACCAAUGGAGGAAUUACAAUUGUGGGCCUUGCUUCCAGUGUCCUUGGUGGAACCGCUGUGGGCUUUGCCUACUUCCUCACGCAGUUGGUUUUUGUUAAUGAUUUGGACAUUUCUGCUCCCCAGUGGCCAAUUAUUGUAUUUGGGGGUAUAGCCGGAUUACUAGGAUCAAUUGUGGACUCGUAUUUAGGAGCUACAAUGCAAUAUUCAGGUUGGGAUGAAAGCACUGGCAUGGUGGUCAACAGCCCAGCAAGUGAAGCGAAGCACAUAGCAGGGAGGCCGAUUCUUGAUAACAAUGGGGUGAAUCUGUUUUCUUCUGUCCUUGUGGCCCUCCUGCUCCCAACAGCUGCUUGUGGUUUUUGGCCCAGGGAAUGAAUUUUAUCUCAUUUACAAAGGUUAAAAUUGUGAUAAAUUCAGCUCCAUUUUCAGGUUUCUUCCUAAGAAGAAUAAUUGUAAUGGCAAAGAGAAAAUGGCAGCUCUUCCCAUAUUCCAUUGUGACGGAUUUCUACAUUUGUUCUCGCUUACUCCCUUGUAACCGCCAACAUGUUCUAGUGAAAUACAGGACUACAUAGAACUUACCCAUUCUUUUCUUCUGCUGAAUGGAAUUUCUUGAGCAAUAAAGCUAUUCAAUACAUUGCCCCUGUAUAUUGGUGUAUAUUGAACUAAAAGCUAAUAUGUUGAACCGGAUCCUAUAUGUAAACAUAAAUUUUGUUUUGUUUGUUUAAACUAAUGUGGGAACUAAAAGUCAUAAAUAAAAAUGGUUCUCAGCUGUGCUAGAGAAA